GCAUUGAUUUUUUUAUUCUUUGAUCUCUAUCAUCUCAACCAACUAAUUUGAUUUUGGUUUGUGGAAUCUGAUAGUAUAAAUCAAAAUCGAAUUGACUUUUAAAAGACUCAAAUUGAGUUGGUUCGAUUCUGGAUCCACCCAUUUCUACAACCACAAAUUGAAAUGAAACAAAAAAAAAAAAAAAAACAUCUCCUAGGUGAAUAGAGAAGCAAAGAAUAGCCGGCAGCUUUACGAAAUCACAGCUUCGGUAGGGUCAUGUGGCUUAUUAGGUGUCGCAACCCCUUGAACCUUUAUUACCUUCAUUGAACUCAGGUGCUAUUUUAGAGAAAAGCAAGGCAUCUCAGCUACCUACCUACCGACCACUCCCCCACUCCUGCAUACUUACUUGACAGACGAGAGCAACAUAUUGGAUAUGAAUGUUGCUAUCCCAAACCCUAACCCUAGCCCUUCUCCUCUCUUAAAACAAUCUUCUUCAAUGGCGCUCUGUUAUACUCCAUCUCUAGGGUUUACUUCCACUCAGAGACCCUGUAAGGAAAGAACUUUCCUUGUGGUUCGUUCUGUUUCCCGGGCUGGCCUUGGCUUCCACUUCCUCUCUGGCUUCCUUCCGUUGGCUCAACAUCGUUUCAGGAACAGAUCGAUUCUCCCGCUCGCAGCUUCACAUGAGGAAUCGAAGCCUUCAGAUGUUGAAUUGGAGAAGGACAAUAAUGAUCUUAAGGAGGAGGCUGAGGCAUCAGAAGAAGCCUGGAAACAGACCCUAGCUUCCUUUAAAGAACAAGCAAUGAAGGUGCAAGCUGUGUCAGAAGAAGCAUAUGAGGUGUAUUCUGAUAAAGCUAUGAUCAUUUUGAAAGAAACUUCAGAGAAAUUAAAAAUUCAAGCGGAGAAGGCAAGAGACGAUUUGACUAUAAUUGCAAAGGAAAUUAGUGAGGAGAGUAAAGAAUAUUUAACCGCUGCUGCUGAUAACUCCCCUGAACCAGUGAAGGAUAUUGUUGAAACAUUUGCUUCCUCUGCAGAUGAAUUGAAUGACAUAUCGAAAGUUCGAGACUUUUAUGUGGGAAUACCUUAUGGAACUUUUCUUUCUGCUGGUGGCUUUUUGUACUUCAUGCUAAGUGGAAGCAUUGCUGCCCUUAGAUUUGGUGUUAUACUUGGAAGUACUCUUUUGGCCUUGAGCAUCUCAAGUUUACGAUCAUGGAAGAGUGGAGAGUCAACUUCGCUAGCUUUAAAGGGACAGGCAGCAAUUGCUACCAUCUUAUUUGUCCGAGAAUUUCGCUUGCUGUUGCAGAGACCGUUUAUUUUCAAUUUUAUUACAGCCAUCAUCAGUGGAGGGGUGGCAGCAUUCUAUGCUUAUAGGAUCUUAAAGGAUGGUGAGCAGACAAAGGAUUCAAACUCGGCACCACAGACGGAUAACUAAACUAAUUCUAGGUCUAACGGAAUCUAUCUUCUUGGAAUCCUCUUGGAUGCUUUUAUGCGGCUGCCCUAUCUAGAGUUCCAGAAAAGUUCAUAUAGGGUGUGACUUUCUCUAAUUGUUUAUUCCUGCUUAACGGUCCAGGCAAGAAACAUGUGCUAUAGGAGUUGCAGGGAAGUCAAGUUCCCACCAAUCUCAAUCUGGUAGAUAAUUGCCCAAUGUAUGAGCGACGUUAUGCUGCAUCUCUUGUGCUCUGAACGCUAUGAAGGAUCCAACAACUAGUACUAGAUAAAUAAAUAAAUCUGCUUGUGCAAAUUGGGUGAUCUGCUGGACAAGGAUACAUUUUUCUGUUUGCCUAAGUUAAUGGGCCUCAUAAGUGUUGCAACUAUGGUGGUUGUGCGCUAUUUCCCCUUACUGAAUAGUACUGAGUUCAGAUCUUGCAGACAAGAAACGAGCAGGGAUCAUGCAAUCCCUUGAACAUCUUUAAGACGACUGUUAGGUUCUUACUCGAGGAAGAUUUCUUUCUUUGAGGACGUUGGUUGGUGUAUUAAGGCAAUGUAUCUUUGCUCAGAUUAGUGGCAUUUCUGCAUUAGUUAUCAUCAUUUCGAGGAAUUAAGUGUUCAAAUUGGGUUUGUAAGCAUCAGACGAAACUUUUGUAAUGUUCGUGCAAAAUCACAUUAGGACAAUUGACUAGUUGUACAACUAA